AUGCAUCCCACUAUCAUUAUCGCCGCUUUCCUGGCCUCAGUUGCCACCAGCAGCCCGGUGUCCGUUACUCGAUCCGAGGCAACCCUCCCCUUCACCGGCGAUCUCGCUCUUCCCCAGGAGUAUAACAGCACUGCUUGGGUCCCUGGAACUGUUCUCAAGGCACACGAGGUUCUGCUCUUCGGCGAGAACCGCGCCGAGGUUGUCCGCCAAGAUGUCUGGACCGACCUCAUCGAGCCUCAGCUGAACCAGCUCCACGCGGUUGAUGAGGCCGCCACCGGCAGCAUCAUCUCGACCAGGGACGAGCACUGGGAUAAGAAGCGAGCCUGUCAGGUCAUCACGUCCGCAGUUACGGACAAGACUGAGAACUUUGUCGACUGGGAUGUGCAGAUGUCCCCUGUUAUCCACGGUACCAACGGUCUUACUGCCGGCGCCGGUCUCGAUUACACCUUCGUAAAAGACGUCCUCAAGGGUGCCCUGAAGAUCGACUAA